AUGGAUCCGCCAGCGCCUUCUCCGAGGCCCCCUGCGGGCGAUGGGGCACAGCCAUCGGAGCGGAACCGGCAGCGACCAAGGUCUGCACUCCGUGGCGCCCUCGGGGUGGCCUUCCCCAUCGCGGUAUCGUUCCUGUUCUCCUUCCUCGUCGGGCUCGCUGGGCUCGCGCUUGGUGGUCUCUCGUCCACUGCAUCAGUCUCCAUGCCCUCCACCUGCCGCAUCCUCUCCACAGAUUAG